AAAUCAUUAAAAAAGGAGGAUCUCCAUCGAUUGUCAUCGCCGAAAGAUCCCUUAUCACACUUUCAUCUAGAAUUGUCAAGACUCCGGAUCCUUGCUCUCAUUUMAUUAACGCAUUGAAAAUGAAUGGAUCAACGAAUUGCAUAGGUGUGUUAGGAGAAGAACUCAGAGCUCGUUCYACUGGGUKGRUAGUGUUUGARAGUACAAUCUAUGUAGUUAUGUUCAUAGCGACUCUUUUUGGUAACUUUUUAACUUUAUGGAUMAUYUUYACGAGCCCUAUUCUACGCCGCGUCUCAACAAACAUCUUUAUUGCAUCGCUUGCYUUAUCGGACUUUGCAAUGGGCUUUUUAUCGAUGCACUUGCUGGUURUAGUCUUAAUYACYUCASAKUGGCCUUUUGGGGAAGUAGUAUGUCAGUACCAAGGGUACAUAGCCGUUGUUCUAGCKGCAGCAUCGACUCAAACACUUGCAUGGACUGCGGUUAAUCGSUAYUAUCGAGUCUGUCGAUCUACACAAUUUAAUCAASUCUUCACUGCUAGCAGAAUAAAGUUCAUCAUUCUUCAAAUCUGGACUUCUUCACUUGUUGCGCCUCUUCCUUACGUUCUGGCAGGAAAUAUGUUUGUUUUCAAUCCAGGGAAGUUUUUCUGCUACUURAGCAUUGAUGUUGCAUGGUUUACAGCCCUUUUAGUGAUUGUCUACGUUGGUGUACCCUCAACUAUCAUAUCCUGGUGCUAUUUCAGAGUUUAUAAACUUGUCAACAAAAACAAUCAGCGAAUUUCGCAGCAACGAGCGCGCAAUCAGACACUUAGCGUUGAAGAAAUCCGUACGACGCACACAUUGUUUGUGAUUGUUGUUGUGUUUAUUGUUUGUUGGACACCAGUCUUAAUCAUCGACGUCAUAGACACCUUUAAAGGAAAACUCUUCUUUUCAAGAACAGUAUACUGCUGUUAUACGUUCCUUGCUACGGUCAGUAACGCAAUAAAUCCGUUCAUUUACGGUAUUAUGAACACUACACUUCGCGGACAGUACUUUGCUGUGAUAACGUGYAACAARCAGAAGGGAAAAAGAUACUCCGUUAAAAGAAGAAAAGAAAAAGACGUAAUUAAUGUGAUACCUUACGACACAGCGACAAGAGAUAGUUCAUUUUGARCCAUUCACAGAGGCCUAUAAUUGUUACUUAAAAUUUGGCGCCAUCUUYGCGCGCGAAGACGAUAAAAAGUGUUAUGGGCAUCGUCCUGCUCAUUUUAUGUUAAUUUACUUGCAUGAUGGUCAAUUAAACUAAGUGUAUUUUGUGUGAAUGUUUUUGCUGUCUCUAGUGUAUGCAAUCAGAAGCU